AUGUUGAUUAGUGGUUUUCCCAGUGAAAAUUUGCAGGUGUUGGUCACGCCGAGCGAGCGCAGCCAAGAGGCCCGGACCAAGGAUCUAGAAGCCAGUUUCUCCCCCGAAGGAGCGUGGACUGCAGGACCAGAGUUUGCACAAACCCCGGACGAAGGGCUGAACAAGAUCGACGACUUCAACCGAAUCGGAUCCAACAAGUCGUUGAGCAGAAGUAAAAGGGUAAAGAGUUUUAUUCAGAAGAAGUAUAAGGGUAUUUCUAAUAGUUUCGGAAAUGGAGAAGCCGGGGAAACUCACGUCGCGGUGGCUCCCAGAAGCAAAAGUACUUCGAGAGCCAACUCCGAUGUGUCCACCACAUCUUGGUACGUAGCUAAUGAUUACCACUCGGAUGAAGAGGUGUUGAACCAUGUGACCGUGGUUAAAGUCGGAGUUGAUGUGAGAGAAACACAGAAUGUGUCUUCUGUGGCGGUCUGCGAUGAACCUCAAGUGGUCAAUGUGGCUGAAGACUCGGUUCAGACCACUGAAAAUGUUGAUUCACGAAACGAAGGCGGGACAGAUCAUCACGACUCGGAGGAGAUAAAAGGCGAAGAGUCUUUACAAGAUAGUGAUAAUGAAACGUUUAUUCUUGCUCAAGAUUGUCCUGAUGAGGAGGAAAUCAGCAAAUUGGACAAAGGCUGUUCAGAGGAAACCCUGGUAGACGAGAAGCCUCAGUUGGAAGAAGUAGAAUCCCCUGCGCCGCUGGUUUUUGAGGCCAAGACAGAGAUAGAGCGACUGACGGACAAGUACUUCGGACCCUUGUACUCCAACUACCCUCGCACUCGCCCCGUGCUGGUCAGACAGGCCAGGGAUCUGCUGGUGUGCAGCUACCACGGCAACACCGCCAGGUUUGAGGCGGAGUUUUGUCAACCUGCAGCGGCGUUGAUGCAGGAGGUCAUCCAGAGGUCGUUCAUUGAGGCCGGAGGAGAGGUCGUUGUACAGCUUAAAGCCGAAGUACGAGAAGCUUCUUCGGCUUCUUCAUCUAAAACCAAGCCUCACUCUUGGAAAGUGAAGCUGGAGACUUCCAUGGCGGGUACUGCGCUGAGAGACCUCCCGGAAAGAGAGCCUCUCAAGAAGGUACUGUGGUUCAUGUAUGACAAGAGCCUUGUGCACCAUGCAGCACGUCAUGGUCCUGCAAAAAGUGUCUACUGUUGA